AUGGCCUCAGGCUCGUCCUCUAACCCCCCGAGCUUCCUGCUCUACUCAUGCAUCGCCAACCGCACUACAAUCCUGGCGGAGCACUCCUCACCAGGAGCCUCCUCCACAGCCGCCUCCUCUCUCGCCUCCAUCAUCCUCCCAAAGAUCACCCACGACAAGCCCCAGAAACUCACCUACACCCACGAACGCCUAUUCUGGUCGCAUCCGCCGAAACAAGGCCGACGCAUCCCAUUCGCCUACCUCCUCGAAAUGAAACGCAAGUUCUUAACAACCUACAACCCAUCCAGCACAGACUUCAGCGCCCUACCAGCCUACGGCUGCGCAGCGUUCAACGCCGAACUCCGCUCGCUACUACAAACAUACAACACCGCGCCGCCGGGCGACUCGCUUGCGUCUGCGAAGCGGGAGAUCGAUAGCGUGCGCGAUAUCAUGACGGAGAAUAUUGAGCGGGUUCUUGAGCGUGGGGAGCGAAUUGAUUUGCUUGUUGAUAAGACGGAUCGGUUGGGGGGUAGUGCGCAUGAUUUUCGGAUGCGGAGUCGUGGGCUGCGUCGACGGAUGUGGUGGAAGAAUAUUAAGUUGAUGGUUUUGUUGGGUGUUGUUGUUGUUUUCCUUCUUUAUCUCUUUAUUGGGAUGGGAUGUGGAUUGCCUGCGUGGUCGAAGUGUGUUAGCCAUAGCUCAUGA